AUGCACGGAUUCUCUGAGUGGUCUUCCGUCAAGCUUGAUACACUGCCUGUCGCUGUUGCUUAUCCACACAGCACAGAACAAGUCAGCACAAUUGCCAGAAUCUGCCAUAAAUGGCGAGUACCCCUUAUCCCGUAUAGCGGCGGUAGUAGUCUAGAGGGCCGUACGGCAGCACCGUUUGGUGGUGUGAGCAUGGAUUUCGUUUACAUGGACCAAAUCAUUCAGAUUCAUGAGACAGAUAUGGAUGUAGUUGUUCAACCUAGCGUUCAGUGGGUAGACAAACUGAAGCAGAUGGGCAGUGGCCUUUUCUUCCGUAUGGAUCCAGGUUCACCCAGUGCCAAGAUUGGCGGCAUGAUCAGCACCAAUUGCUCGGGCACGAAUGCAGUCUGCUACGGUACCAUGCGUGACUGGGUUAUCAAUUUGACCGUUGUACUUGCCGACGGCACCGUGGUGAAGACUCGCCAACGGCCGCGUAAGUGUAGUGCCGGAUAUAACCUCACCGGACUGUUUGUCGGCUCCGAGGGUACGCUGGGCAUCAUCACCGAAGCGACACUGAAACUGGCUGUCAUACCCGAAAAUUAUUCUGUUGCAGUCGUUCCCUUCAAUACAAUUCAUGAUGCCGUUUCAGCGGCCACCAAGGUCAUCCCCAGAGGUAUUCCCGUGGCGGCGCUCGAGCUUAUGGAUGAGACCCAGAUGCGCAUUGUUAACGAGGGCGGGAUCACUCGACCACGUGUCUGGAAAGAAAAACCCACCCUGUUUUUGAAAUUUGCGGGCUCGAAACUGAUGUUGGACGAGACGAUUCAGAGAGUUCGCGAAAUCACCGAAUCCCACGGUUCUGAGGACUUCGAGUUUGCUCACACCGAGCAUGAACAGAAGCUUCUGUGGUCUGCCAGGAAAGAGUCAUUAUAUUCACUGCUCGCCCUCCGGAAGGAUGGCGAAGAAAUGUGGAACACCGAUGUCGCUGUCCCAUUAAGCCGUCUAGCCGACAUUAUCGUUGCGAGCAAAGAAGAAGCAGCCGCCUUGGGUCUUAAUGCAUGCGUGAAGGGCCACGUCGGCGACGGCAGUUUCCACGAAAAUAUCACAUACGACGGUACAAGUCCAGAGGAGUGCAAGAAGGCCAAAACAGCCGUGAAAAAUAUGGUCAGUCGAGCCAUAGACAUGGACGGCACCUGUCGGAACCCCGGGAAGGUCUUUGAUCGGUGA